CAAUGGAGUGAAAACCUAGCCCCAGUCAACAGAUUGGGAUGCAGGUUUCACGAAGCCAUCCAACGUGCAUCCCCUCGGCUCCGGAUUCCUGUCAUGAACAUUGGACCAAUCAGCAACAUUCUCGGUAGGUGGUUGUCUGGACGUGAGCGAUUUCUGUUCUUUUCUCAGACAGCUACAGACGGUGCAGUGAUGGCGGGCCAUUUCAAUAGACGAGCAUUCAGCGUGAUCACUCAUCCGGACAGCCAUGCCAGACCGUCAGUUUGUGCGCGGAGGCUGCAGAACUUAACCUGUUUCUUUCGUUCAUUAAUAGAGUUUCUACAUGUGAGUCAUUGACGGAUGCCUUGUGAAACCAUGAAGUGUUGGAAUCCGCUGCUUGGUUGAAAAGAACACACAAGACUUGUGCCUACCGGACGUUACUAGCAGACCCAUCCAGAUGGGGUUGUCGUGGUUGUGCAAGAUUUGCUAGUACAUGUACCGGUACAUGUAGCUAGCCACAGGAGCUCCAGCUUCCUGCUGAAAUUCACUACUGUCUCAGGAAAAGUGGACUGAACCUCAUCAGCAUCCAUUCCAUAGGCAGUAUAGACUUUAGGGGAACUUAUUUUUAGUGGUGACGAAUCCAUCUGAGAUGUAAGCAAUCUACAGACAUCACAGCCUGGCUGAACCUGUUUGACCGACACAACUGGCUGACUGGUUGAACAAGAGGGUUUGGUUUCCAGAUCAGCAUGGCUGCCAGCCAAGAGGGUCGAGAUGCAUUGGAAGGACCAAACACAGGGAAGCUACAUGUGAAGUCUUUGGUUACAGCCCUGAAUUCUGAGGAAGGAAUACCACAAGACACUGCUUGUGAUCAAUACAUGGUGAUCUCAGGGUCACAAGAACUAACGGAUCAUCAGGUAGAACCUUUUCUUGGCUCAUCUGAGAUAUCACCUUGUCAGUUAUACGUAUGUGGAAAUAACUCCAGUAAGAACUCUGCAGGACUUGCAGGUCAACAAACGUUUGACGCUCAGGAGGAGCAAAGCUCUCAACGAGAUGAGACCAACAUUUAUAAGAGCACUUUCCUAUGCGCAGAUGCAUCCUCAACAUUAAAGGUCAAAUCCUCAGCAAACUCGGCAGACCAGAUCCACGACGUGUUGGAUAUAAACACUGUUGCCUCGUUGCUGCCCAAGGGCAGAACUUCCACUGAGGAAUCGGCCAUCGAGCACAUCCUGACUCUUGAGACCAACCAGUCUCAGCUUCGCUACCACAGCCUGCCGGCAGAAGACGGGAAUGGGUGCUCCUCGGAGCAAGACAGCGGGAUUUUUGACUUGUCCUUGGUCCAGCAGGAGGACUUCGACAAUUGUGAGAGCAGAGAAACAGGCAGGGAUUGGCAGUUGAGGAACAUCACUCCUGAACAGCGUAGGAAGUGCCUUCAACUCACCCCGUCUGACUCUUCUAAGUCUUCAGACACCAAUGAAACAGGACAAAAGACGACAGACUGUCCAAAAGUUAAGAGAAAUUUACGCAUUCCUGCUCGUUUUUUAAAUAAUCUUUCCUUCCCAGAGUCAGAGGUAUGCAUACCUGUGCCUGGUGAAAAUACUGAACAGCCUGGAGAGUCGUCUGCAACAACUAAAAUCGGAGUUGCUACUGACAGUUGUAAAAGAAAAAUAACUGAUAUUGGAAAGACUGAAGUAACGGUAAGUAAUUGCCCUGAAAGGGCAACACACUUACCCAAAGUACCUGAACGUUCGUUGUUGCGUAUUUCAUCGACAUCGUCAGAUUCAGCACCGGAGAGUAGUCAAGAAACAGGGAAUCCUCAGGACAUUGACAUGGGGAAGAAAACACAGUCACUGUCUAAAGGGAAACAGCCCCACGUUGUUUACUCAAAAGAGGAGUUCAGUGAAGAGUACACUUCCCCUCAGAGAAGCAAGUCCUGGGACAAGAAGAAACAUGGAAGGAAAGUCAGCCAAAAUAAGGAUAAACCAAAAGGGAAAGACAGGAAGAGAAUCCUCUCAGAUCCCUCACAGGGGAUGGACCUGAAAGUUACAAUUUCGGCGCCACUCUCAGCUUCCCAGGAGGAGAGCCUCAGGAACAAGAGGCAUACCAUAGGUGGUGUUCCGCUGAGGACACCUACCCAAGAGGCUGGCACGGAUACCGCGGAGCUCCUGGCUGACACAGAGAUCCUGACAGUCCAUCAAGAGCCACACCAAUUCACUGCCUUGCUGAAUGAAUCAAACAACAACCAGGAACAGCACAAAUCUGGGAAGAGUCUAGGUGCAUUCCAUGCUGGAGCAAGAUCCCCUGAAGUCUUACCCACAGCCACAAAGCACCCAAUGAAACAGCAGCAGGCUUUGCUAAGCUCUCCAGAGGUCGUAGUGGAUACCUUGAACAAGGCAUCAAUUUCCGCAGAUGUGGUCUCUGCUGGUCCACCUCCACCGAAGCCCAAGCGACUGAGCCUAACAAACCAGCUGCAGAAGCAGAGUGACAAACAAGUAGAUGUUUCAAUUCAUCGGGAUGGCUCUCAGCUAGGUCAUGAAAGGAAAGAUCAUGUGUAUGAACGUAAGACAGAAAUAGCCGUGGAGCGGCAAGUUCUUUUGAAACAAGCUGUGAAAAGCCAGCCCCUUGACCAAUCAAGUAAAUUCGAAGAUUCUCUCUCGAGCUCAGAAACGGCACGGGUGAACAGGUCCAAUGCACCAAGCCCUUUCACCGUCGUAAGUCGUUACGGUGAGGAUGGGGAAGAGGAACUCAUUCUCGGUGCCUUGCCACUGCAAGAGAAACAAACGCAAGUUGUAGCAGAAAGGCAAGCCCCAGCACUGAACUCAGUUAGGAAACUAGAGAAGCCACCCAUUGCAGGACGUAAGUUCCGUCACUACGCCUGCAUAGAGCCUGUCGGGAAGCCUGUUGAGACGGUCAAAACAGAAGCUAUGACAGAAGAAUGCACACCAAUUACACCACCCAAAGAGGAGCCAUCGACACCCCAUACAGAUCAGAAAUCCACAUUAGGUAGCCCUGUACUUGUCACUGAGAGCCCAGUUGAACAGCAUGAUAAACCUCCAAUCCAGCAAACUCCACCCGUGACCAUCACUGCACCACUGGCCGACACCUCUUUGAAGGUUUCUGAAAUCAUUGCAGAUACCCCCAAUGUCUCUAUCCCUCCCAAGUCGAGUUCUCCAGAAACAACUGAGAAUCCCCAGGAAAGCCUGACCAAAUACUGCCCCAAGUUCAGAGAUGAAUCGAUUAAGACUGACCUCAACAUCGGACACUGCCUCCACUGCCUCUAUCCCUCCCCAAUCUCCUCCAGAUCUGGACUACCAGGAGCUCCUAGCUCACCAGGUGUCUUCAGAGCAGUCUCAACCCCCUCUGAGUGUUCCAUCGACAUUGACCUGCCCAAGCUAGAUCCAGAAAUGGAGCAGAAGAUGGUGACCGUUUCCAUGGCGAUGAUGCCCGAGCCACAGACGGCAGAGGUGACUGUCAUUGAUGAUAGCAACCAAGAGGAGAACAGUACUGACAAGGUUAAGAAACAGGAAGUAGCCGAACUCCAACCUCCUAAGAGCCCAGAUACCAAGGAGGAACCUGCCUCGGAUUCCCUCUCUGCGUCCCAAACGGUGACGCUGCGGGCUCACCUCCCGUCCGUCUCCAGCAAGGAUGAAGAUGACAAUGAAGAAGAUGAAGACAGUGGGGUCUAUGACGCCAGCUACCGACACUCCGACUGGAUCUAUGUAGGCAACAACCAGGAGCUGCAGUUGAUGACCAAACAGGUGGAGAUGCAGGCAGGAACUUCUAAGCAAACAGUAGCUGAAGUGAACAGCUCUCCUGGAGCAAAUGAAGAGUCCCACUUUGACCGAGCCGAGGAGGGCAGAGAGUCAGUGACGACGACCACAUCAGAGAGUGAAUUCCGGACGAAGUACCAAAGCCUGGCCUACCGGCGGGUCCACCGGAAGACAUCGGCGAUAGACUACCAAAGGCUGUCCCUCAUCGCACGGGAGAGGAAGGUCACAAUUAAGAAGGUGGACAACAUGUUUGGGUUUCGCAUUCAGUACAGCCGACCAGUGGUGGUCACCGAUGUAGACAAAGGUGGUGCAGCGGAGCAGUCAGGCCUACGAGUCGGGGACAUGUUGCUGAAGGUCAACGGCCAUGAUGUCAGGCAAGCUCCCCACUCCCACGUUGUACGUUUAGCAAUGAGUGGCCAUGACCCACUUGAUCUUGUUGUUGGCACUAACGUCUGUAAUACUCUCAAUCUCUACGCUGAGAAGCCGGUGAUGUGUGGUUACUUGCACAAGCUAGGAGGUGCUGGCAUGAUCCGUACCUGGAAGAAGAGAUGGUUUGUGCUCAAAUACGACAACUGCCUCUACUACUACAAAACUGAAGACGAUGUGGAACCUUUAGGUGCUAUCGUCCUCAGUAACUACACUGUCAUGAAAGCCAGAGAUGUCGGCAAACCUUUUGCCUUCAAAUUGACCAAGUGCAAAGCGAGGACCUAUUACUUCUACACGGCUACAGAAGAUGAAAUGAGCAGGUGGGCCAAGAGUAUAACUGAAGCGGCCAAAACCCAGAACACAUCGGACAUCUGGCUGGACAUCAGCACCCACAAUGUGGGCCUCCCGGCCCUGUCCAUCCGCAACCCAGACUGCCAUGGAUUCUUGAACAAGCUGGGCGCCAUCAGGAAGAGCUGGAAGAGAAGGUUUUGUGUACUGAAGGAUGCCUGCUUGUACUACUACAAAGACAUGGAUGCCCAUCAUGCUCUGGGCGUGGCCCAUUUCCAUGGUUACAGUAUCCAGGAGACUGAAAUCGGCGGUAAGAAGUUUGGGUUGGUCUUGAAGCCUCCCAGUGAUGACCUCAGAGUCUUCUAUUUUUUUGCGGAUCACGAAACCGACCGAAAACGCUGGGUUGCUGCUUUUGCCAUGUCCAUUGGCCGUUGGAUUCAGACCAACAGCAGUGAAGAGUCGGACGAAGAGAGUGCCGAAAUACUCAUCUGAAGACAAGGUCGUCUUCUGGUUAAAAAACAGGGCCCGAAGUUUGCAAGGUUUCAUCAACAAAGGCAACAUUGGAUUUUCAUCCUGAAAUUCUGUGCACUUUCUAAAAGGUAUUUCACUGCACACCUAUAGCCCCAAAGUUCACAGUUUAAUGUAAUUGGGCCAAUUUUUAGUGCAUUAAACAUGGCUUUCUUAAGAGCUUCCAUCUUUUCCUAUGCAAUACAAGUGAUUUUUUAACUUAAACAAAGGUUGCUGUCGUUGUUGGCAGUGUUUGAUGCCAAACGGAAUGGGCAUCGCUGAGAUAUUGUUCCCUAUUUCUGAGGCUACUUGUUUCGUAUCAUCAGCGUUAUCAGUUUUGUGGCAGUGGUGUUUUGAAACUUCAAGAUGCGCAACGUGUCACAAAAGGGCAGUCCUUAGAAACACCUUUGUUGGUGCUUCUUAUAAACCAAGCAUUUUAACAUCCAAUCUUAUUCAGAUAAAGAAGUGAACAUUUUGCUUUUCAGUGAAAUGAAAUGGCAGCAAAACCUGAAGUUUAAUCUAACACAUCAUGCAACUCAGUAGUUGAAGACUAGUUUUCUUUACAUUUUAUUUAAUUCUGCAGUCAGCCCUUUAUAUGUGAAUUAUACAUGUAUAGGUAACAAUUUAUAUAGUUUUUAGUUAGCUUUGUAGAUGUUCAAGUACUGUGACCGUUAACAUGUCUGUGAUGACACAUUCCUUUGUGUACAGCGUCAUUUAUUUCCAUUCUCAGCACGAGCAUGAAACGUUAAGGCGAAUUCAGGCAUCACUGAAUUUUACCAACAUUUUCAAUUUCACGUGUACAAAUGAUUCCUGGCGUUACGCUCGAAUACAAUCGGCCUUAAGAGCUGGUAUUUACAUAAUGAGAUUCAUAGAUUGUCCUGAAACCUUACUAGAUGUCUGAAAUGCCCAGUAACUGUCAUUUGCUCACCCAAUGCAAACUUGGCCUUGUGACAGAGAAACAGGAAAGUCGCUCGCUCGCGCGUCGUGUCAUCAUUAUGGUGUAGAGACAAAGAUCAUGACUUCUGUCAACGGCGUCAACACUUCCCUAUUUAAUCAUGUAUUCGUGAUGAUCUUGGAAAUGGCUUAUAUUAUUAUUUAUAACCCACCCUGUGUGGCUUUUGAAUCCACCGCAGGAUUCGCUGGCUAAAUUUCCUUUGUUCGUUCUGCCGUUCAUUGAUUCUUUUAUGUAUCACGAGCCUUCAGUCUAUUUGCAAUUUAAGAAACUGUUCAACUUGCCUUGAUAUCUUUUAUCAGCGGAUAACAUAGAAUUUCACGCAUUGGACGUGCUACACUCAGUUCUUGAUCAUUGCAUUGUCAAACAUUUAAGCCCUAAAAAUAUUUUGUGGUGUAUUUUGUAAAUUUAAAUAUCAUUUCGGUAUAUGUAAAGUUUUGUAAAUGCAUGAAAUAUUAGUGCGAUAUUUUAAUCAAGAGCUUUUUAUGUGCUUCUGUUAACGUAAGAAAAUAUAAAAUCUAAAGUGUCGCAAAAGCCACCAGCACAAUGUACAUAACACUGAACAAACUAUGCAAUUUUCCAAAGCAAUUUUUCAAUACUCUCAGUAGACAAAUCGUCAAGUAUUUGUUUGAAUUCCUGUCAGGUGAAGAUAUAAACUAAAUAAUUUAAUUUCACGUUGAAAGAGCUCGAAGUAGAAUAAAGGAAGUACGAUUUAAUUGCAGCAAAAAUACACGACUUCAAAAACCCAAUACGUGUAUGACUCAGUUUUGAGAAAGAGUGCAGAGGCAAACGUAUGAAUCAUACUUGAAUAUUUGAGCCUUGAACGUCGUAUUUCAAGAAAUAUUUUCCAUAACUGUAUUUUAUGACUGUGGGGCUGUUAUCGUUUACGCACAUAUCCUUGGCCACUUCACAGCCUCAUGUUAAGUCGCAGCGGGUGGCAAGCUAAGGGUAAACGCCAUAACGAACAAGUAAUUUGACAACAUGUAAACUUAUGCCGAUGUAUUCAAGCAAAAGACGCUGCCGUCAAUGAUACUGCGUGUCAUUGGCGGAUAAAAUGCGUUUUUAAUGAAAACGUUUGAGAACCGCGCUUGAAAUUUACGCUCAGCUGUCUAUUCAAAAUAAUGCUUAGUAUUUAUACAGUGACGGAAAACAUCAGAGAGGCUGUGCACAUUAUGGCGUCACACAGUAAAUUAAUUUUCUAGAAUUUGCCAGCCUAUUUUGGAGCUUAUUGGUUCUUAAGCAUUACUCUUGGUAUUGUGUAUUCUGAAUAUAAGUAUUUAUAUGAAAUAUUCUAUUCUUCCAAUGUAUAGCAAUAUAGCAUUUCUAGAAGGUCAUUAAAUAUGCCGCAGAGAAAGUAA